CCCUCUUCGGCUCCUGUAGCCAAGGAAAAAGUGUAUACGUCAUUGGUUACAAUGUAGCUGCUGAUCAAAGACAGUUUUGAUCGCUGGAGCUGUCAGCCAGCGAGGCAUGGAGACCACAGGAGAACAAGCUGCAUGCUCUGGAGUUUCCAAGUCGGACAUCCGGCAAAAAGUUUGGGACUACAUGGAAGCCAAUAACUUGGCUGAUUUCCCCAGACCAGUCCAUCACCGGAUCCCCAAUUUCAAGGGUUCUUUCCAGCUCGGUUACUCCAUCCAAACAUGCGACAUCUUUGAUAAAGCCAGGGAAGUCAAGGUGGAUCCGGACAAACCUCUGGAGGGAAUCCGACUGGCUGUGCUCCAGGCCAGGAAAACUCUCUUGGUGCCCACUCCUCGCCUAAGAACUGGGCUGUUUAACAGGAUUGUCCUCCCCCCUGGAGCAACGAAAGAAAUCCUAAGAAAAUGUGCUACCUCUCAGGGCGUCAGGGAUUACAGUGUACCUGUAGGGCUAGAUGCAAAGGUGCAGGUGGACCUGGUGGUAGUUGGGUCUGUGGCUGUUUCUGAGAAAGGUUGGCGGAUUGGGAAAGGGGAAGGCUACGCGGACAUGGAAUAUGCCAUGAUGGUCUCCAUGGGGGCUGUGAAAGAGGACACAGUGGUGGUCACGGCCGUUCACAACUGCCAGGUGAUGGACAUACCUGAAUCGCUCCUGGGUGACCACGAUCUCACUGUGGAUUAUAUCCUGACCCCAACGAGAACAAUCAAGACGGGGUGCAAGCGUCCCAAACCUCAAGGGAUCCUCUGGAACAAGAUCAGUCAUGAAACACUUGCAAAGAUCCCAGUCCUCAAGAACCUUCGCUACAGAGAGAAACAGGGAGGCAAAGAUGUUACCCUCAAAGAUGAAAGGCCUGGCGAUCUCACUGUGGUCCAGCCAGCAAGAAAAGCCAGUAAGACUAGGCUGGAAAGUUCCAGGUUGCAGGGGGAGGCUCACCAGAUCCUUGAGAGACCGGAGAAGGAGCCUUUAUCAGACAAACCAGACUUGCCUUGCACUCCCACCACUGUGUAUGUGGGUAACAUCUCUCAAGGGACCAGAGUGAAUGAGUUAAAGGAGGUUCUCCAAGAGCACCACGUAACUCCCAUGCGGCUCACCUGGCAUGGAGCACGGCAUCAAGCGUUCCUCACUUAUAACGAUAAAUCCACAGCAGAUGCUGCCAUGGCAGCUCUCCAAGGGUUAAGCCUGAGAGGCCGCCUGCUGCGGAUUGAACUGGCUAGGAACCAGCCCUAGCCCCAUGGCUCACAGCACCCCAAUGGAGUAACAAACAGGAUGGCUUACAAUGUGAAUUCUAGGGUGCUUAUGAAAAAGAGCACUCUCGCCAGGUCUUGGCAGAUGCCGGUUCCAGGAUGGAAUGCUCUUCAUCCAUGUCUGACUUCCAUACAUGUACUCAAAAUAUAUUCUUCCCUAGCAAGGUGGAGUUACCUAUAAAAGAGUAUUUGGCACCUGGUCAAAACAAGGAUCCACCGCUUUGGAGGAAGUGGUGGUACACCUUGUGUACAUGGUAGGACAAUGAGUUGGUUUAAAUCUGGAAGUGGUAGAGUGGUCUAGAGCAUUCAAGAUGUGGGAAGCCCUUAGUUUGAAUAUUGCCUCUUGAUUAGAAAUCUAGAACCUCAAGAAUGGUUCUGCCUUUGUCCACUCCCUCUGGAAUGCUUCUACCUUCAGGGAUAUGUGUUUGUUUCUUAUGAAGUGAACAUUUUUUCCCCCAUGAUGCCUUCCUCUAUACCAGUGGUCCCCAAACUGUGCUCUUUCAGGGAUUUUGGACUUCAGCUUCCAGAAUCCAAGACAAUUUGCCAACAUGGCUGAGGCUUCUGGGAGCUGAAGUCCAAAAUCUCUUAAAGAGCACAGUUUGGGGACCACUACUCUAAACCUUUUCCCUUGUGCUGUGCUGGCUUCUGUGUCAGUGGGUCAGGAAAUCUGCUCUGGGUUGUCCUCUAAACUUUCAAUGAGCUGUCCUGAGUGUUGAACAACAUCACAAAAAUAGGCUCAGUGCCUUGGAUCACUCUUUGAAGUUUGGCUAAAACCCAGAGUGGCCCCAUUGAGAUGGAAGCCACCAGCUGCUACUGUCUGUCCUAUAGCAAUCUGAAGAAAAACGGUGCCCUGCCACUACUUCACAACCUUUGGAGCCCUCAUUCUGUUGCAAGCAGAAACCAGUUUCCCCAUUUCAACUUUGAACCCCCUGCCAGGAGAAACCAGUUUGUCACACUUGCAGACAUCCUCUUUGGCCACCAAAUUGCUUCAUGAAUCAAAAAUGUAUUUGGCUUGUGGUUUUUGUUUUUCAUCUAUUGCUAUUCUUCUUUCUAGCCUUCACUUACAAGGUUGUCAUUUUCAACUACCAACUAUAAUUAUUGCUUUUUACAUACAAAAGGGCUUUCUCUGCAAGGAGGGAAGUGCUGAUAUGAGGAAUAAAUUUAGAAGGCACACUUCUCUCUGCAAACUCAA